AUGACCACCAGCCAAAGCAGCAGCAGCCUCUCAACCAGGGUCUCCCUCCGCUGGCUCCCCGACCCCGCCUUCGAAAACACAGACACCCUCGUCCUGUCUCUAAUGGGCUGGUACGUUGAUCUCCGCGUUGACAAAUUCUCCGGUGAAAUCGACUGGGCAAUCGCCGGCCAACGCAUCGUAGAAAGUCAAGAGCCGCUUCGCGUGCUUUUCACGCACGCCAUCGACUCGCAUAAUGCGUUUGAUGCAGUGGAUUGCGGGAACUUUGCUGCGCUGCCGAACGGGGAUGACCUUGAGACGGGGUCGAUGCCUCGUUGGGAUCUUCCUGGUGCGCCGGUCAGGGAGUAUGAGGAGGUGUGGCGGGAAUUACCCUUCAAAGAGGGACCUGAGGGUCCAGGGAGGGGAGUUUCAUGGGUGCUGGAGGCGAGGGGGGCUAAGCAGGGUGGUAGUGGUCAGGAUGGGAGUACGGUGGCUCGGACAUUCAUUGCGAGGAUUUGGGGGACUUAUGUUGCGCUGCGUCAGGAGCAGACGCACUAUGGUGGAGAUUCGAAAGAUGUUCCCAAGAGCGGAGGGGAGGUCAGCGCUAGGCGGGAGGAGUGGGACUCUGCGUCUGGGUGGAAGGCAAAGUACGGCCUAGGCCCGGAUGUCGACAAACUACCCUCCAUGACGGCAAUUGACACCGAAGAAGGAGAUUGGAGCAUCGGCAGUGAAGUGGUGCUGAGCGACCAACCAUACAUUGUACGAGCGUUUGAAAGAAUUAAAUAA